CACAAGAAGAGCCCUGUUGGAUCAGACCAGAGACCCAUCUAGACCUGCAUCCUGUUCUCCCAACAGCCAACCAAAUGCUUUUGGGAAGCCCACAUGCAGGAUCUGAGUGCAACAGCACUCCACUCACUUCUGUUUUCCAGCAACAGCAAUUCCUGAUCCACAAGAGGGCCUCUCCUCCUACGACUGCUAAGCUUGCUCAGGAAUCUUUGGUGAUGGGCUUAAUCAAAAGCUGUUUGAAAAUUUAAAUGCAAAAUAUUAAUUGGACCACCUCCAUGUUUUCUGACACUCUGAAAGAACUAAAGAGCUGGUGAGACAGGACUUAUCCUUGCAGAAGCCAUGCUGAUCCUGCUUCAGCAAGGUUUGUUCUUCUGUAUGCUUGCUAAUCCUGUUUUUGAAAAUGCUUUCCACUAAUUUCACCAGAGCAAACAUUAAGGUGACCAGUCUGUAGUUUCCCAGAUCCCCUCAGGAUCCCUUUUGAUAACUUAGUGUUACAUUGAUCACUUUCCAGUCCUCAGGUAUGGAGGCUGAUCUUAGGAACAAGUUACAUAGGGUUGUAUUUAACUAAGUCUUACUCAGAGUAGACCCAUUGAAAUUAAUAAAACUAAGUUAGUAAUGUCUAAUUUCAGUAGGUCUACUCUGAGUAGGACUAACUUUGAAGACCACCCAUAUUUUUGUUAGAAAACCAGCAAUGUCAUAUUUGAGUUCUUUAAGAAUCGUGGAUGCCAUCCUGACCCAGCAUUUGACUCUAUUAACCAUGCUGGUAUCUUUCCUAAUCUGCAGGAAAGCUCAGCUUCUACUGUUGUGGUUUUGAACAACCCCCAAGAAUUCUAGAGAGUUUUGACCCUCUUCACUUUCCCUUUCAAACUUUUUUUAAAACUAGUCUCCACAUUUUGGGGAAGUUUCCCCUUUGAAGUCAAAUAUGACUAUGUUGACCUUAGUGAAUUUGAUAGCACUAUUGUCCCUGUUCCCAUCUCACACCAGGCCCUAGAACACCACUUAAGAUUAAGUCCAAGGUUACCACCCCUCUGGUUGGUUCCAUGACCAACUGUUCUGGGGCACAGUCAUUUAUAGUAUCUAGAAAUUUUACUACCGUAUAUUCCGGCGUAUAAGAUGACUUUUUAACCCAGGAAAAUCUUCUCAAAAGUUGGGGGUCGUCUUAUACGCCCAGUCGUCUUAUACGCCGGAAUAUAUGGUAUUUCUCCUGCUCGCAGCCUGGCCCGGCGUCCCCUCCCCUGAGGGGAAUCCCCAUUGCUCCUCCGUCCCGCCAUCUCCGCCUCCUCCACUGCGGCGAAGGCGGCGCCCUGCGCGGCCUCCUCCGUCGCAAAAUGGCGGCCGGGGUGGGGAGCAGCAGCAGCCUCCCCGCGUCCUUCUCCUCCGUGGCGGCCUCGCCUGCGCCGCCUCCUGCUGCUGCUCCUCCGCCCGCGGCUGCUCAGGCAAGCGACGGGGCCGCGGGGGCGGCGGCUGCUCCUCGGGCGGCCAACGGCGGGCCACUUUCGCUGCUCUUGCCGUCACAGGCCGCGCCUCCGCUGACGCACAACCACUGGGCGGCGGCAGCAGCAGCGGGAGGUGGCGGAGGCGGGAACCCGCUGCCGACAGCUGCCCCUGCGGCCUCCUCCUCGGCGCCCUCCGCCUCCGGCCCGCUGGCGCUGCGGGAGCCGGCCUACAACUGGGAGGCGAUGAAGCCGACGGUGCAGGAGCACUUGAAGAGACACUUGAAGAGAGACACUGCUUACAAGUGCCUGUACGCUAAUGCUAGGAGCCUCCGAACCAAGAUGGGAGAACUGGAGUGCUUGGUCUUAGAGAAGAGCAUUGAUAUAGUGAGCAUAAC